AUGCGAACUCAUACUGGUGAGAAGCCGUUCAAAUGCGAUCAUUGUGAUUUGAGCUUCGGCCUGAAGCAUAAAUUGCAAUCACAUACGCUAACUCAUACUGGUGAGAAGCCGUUCAAAUGCGAACUUUGCGAUUCGAGCUUCGGCCGGAAUGGACAGUUGCGAACACAUAUGCGAACUCAUACUGGUGAGAAGCCGUUCGAAUGCGAACUCUGCAAUUCGAGCUUCCGCCAGAAACAACACUUGCGAGCACACAUACGAACUCAUACUGGUGAGAAGCCGUUCAAAUGCGAACUCUGCGACUCGAGCUUCGGGCUGAAACAACACUUUCAAAGACACAUGCGAACUCAUACUGGUGAGAAGCCGUUCAAAUGCGAUCACUGUGAUUCGAGCUUCGGCCUGAAGCAUAACUUGCAAUCACAUAUGCUAACUCAUACUGGUGAGAAGCCGUUCAAAUGCGAACUCUGCGAUUAG